CUGUACGUAGUUUUCAUUCAGGCAGCAUUUGAAUAAGGAAGAUGGCGGCUGCAGCAGUGGUUGAAUUUCAGAGAGCCCAGUCUCUCAUUAGCACGGACCGCAACGCCUCUAUUGAUAUUCUCCAUUCAAUAGUGAGGAGAGAUGUUCAAGAAAAUGAUGAGGAAGCUGUCAGGGUUAAAGAACAGAGCAUCCUGGAGCUGGGGACACUCCUGGCCAAGACGGGACAGGCUGCAGAGCUUGGAGGGCUGCUGAAAUUUGUGAGGCCUUUCCUCAUUUCUAUCAGCAAGGCCAAAGCAGCCAGGCUGGUCCGCUCACUGCUGGACCUGUUUCUUGACAUGGAGGCAGCAACAGGGCAGGAGGUUGAGCUGUGUCUUGAAUGCAUUGAGUGGGCCAAGGCUGAGAAAAGGACCUUCCUACGACAGGCUCUGGAGGCAAGACUGAUUUCCCUCUAUUUUGACACCAAAAGAUACCAGGAGGCCUUGGCGCUUGGCUCCCAGUUGCUCCAGGAGUUGAAAAAGAUGGAUGACAAAGCUCUGCUGGUAGAGGUUCAGCUGCUGGAGAGCAAGACGUACCACGCUCUCAGUAACCUACCCAAGGCCCGUGCAGCCCUCACCUCAGCUAGGACCACCGCCAACGCAAUUUACUGUCCUCCAAAGCUCCAGGCAGCACUGGACAUGCAGUCAGGGAUCAUCCAUGCAGCAGAGGAGAAGGACUGGAAGACGGCUUAUUCCUACUUCUUUGAAGCCUUUGAGGGCUACGACUCGAUCGACAGUCCCCGAGCCAUCACAUCACUCAAAUACAUGCUUCUCUGCAAAAUUGUACUGAAUUCACCAGAGGAGGUACAAGCCUUGAUCAGUGGAAAACUGGCGCUGCGAUAUGCUGGCCGCCAGACGGAUGCAUUGAAAUGUGUUGCCCAGGCCAGCAAGAACAGAUCAUUAGCGGACUUUGAAAAGGCCCUAACAGAGUACAGAGCAGAACUGAGGGACGACCCUAUUAUCAACACUCAUCUGGCCAAGCUGUAUGACAACCUGCUGGAGCAAAACCUCAUCCGAGUCAUUGAACCUUUUUCCAGAGUACAGAUAGAGCACAUAUCUGGUCUAAUCAAACUGUCAAAGGGAGAUGUUGAGAGGAAAUUAUCGCAGAUGAUUCUGGACAAAAAAUUUCAUGGAAUCCUUGACCAAGGUGAAGGUGUCUUGAUCAUAUUUGAAGAGCCCCCAGUGGACAAAACAUACGAAGCAGCCUUGGAAACAAUUCAGAACAUGAGCAAAGUUGUGGAUUCACUUUACAACAAAGCCAAGAAGUUGACAUAGAGCAGAUUUCCACGUCAGUGUGAUGGAGGAACUGUGUGUGUUUGACCAGCGUGUGUAACAUUUUAAGAAGGGGACAAAGGAGAGCAACAGGAGUCCCACAAACUGCAACAAACAGGAUUCCCCCAUCAAACUUUCGCCUCUCCCUCAAUGGACAGUGUCAUCACUUCACCUGUUUUGUUUUUGUUUUUUCUUCCCUCUUUGCUUUUGAUAAUUCUUCAGGAUUCUGUAUAACACUCAGCGGCCACAUCAGGCCAUCAGGGAAUAUUGUACAACCACAAUAAAAAGAUUAAAAGGUUUAAGAAUACAUAUAUGUUUAUAUCUCCUCUAAGGUUGGGCUUACAAAGCCUUAAGCUGACUCCACUGCAACCUCAAAGGUGCAACAUUGACCUCUGGAGCUUCACCCUCUGCUACCAGCAGCGUAUGCAGAAACGAGGCUUUCUCUUCUCCGUAUCUUUCAGAAGCACACUGUUCAGUUUUUGGAAGGUUGGGAUACUCCUUGGGAUAUUGCAUUCUGGUUCAAGAGCUCCCUCUGGCUCUUACUUUGUCAUUACCAUAUCAAUGCCAACAGUUAAGUCCCCACUGUAUUUCAGAUAUGUAUUAAACACUUUAUUUGUUUUUUGUGUUUUUGUUUAUAAGUUGGAAAACAAAAUCUGAAAGGUUGCCACAUGCCUGCCCCCUGCUUAUGUAAGUUUAUAUAAGAAACAGGAUGCCAUUUCACCACUAGUGCCACUUUUUGGCACUUCUGUUUUGCCUCCAUGUUUGGGUGCAAUAUAAAAUAAGAGGGCAGAGGUGGAUGUGAUUUGAAUGCCUCUGAGCUUCUAUGAGUUAUUCCCGAGUGAGCAAUUCUUCAUUGUUAGUUCCUAGCACUAGUGUGGUAUGCUAGUAACCAAACAAUUUGUAUGAUUUUUUUUUUUUUUUCUUUUUUGGGGGGUUUUGUUUUCUCUUAUAAAGACAUUUUCAAAAUAAAUAUUUUGUAUUUUAAGUAGUUUGUCUUGUCUCUUGAGGAAUAUGACAUGGUACUGUUUCACUGGCUGCACGACGAUGGUUUUAAAGUACAUGUUUGGGAUUCUUCAUGUUGCAAAGUUGAAACAGGCUCAAGAAUAGAAAAUGUAUACAUCUGUAUACUUGAGUACAUGUACUACUUAUUUGUUGUCACAUUGAAGGGAGGAUUAAAAUGGAAUUGUGUACAUGCAGGAAGGAACUAUUCUUAUGAGCCCACACAUUACUUUUCAAAAAUAUAAAAUUCUCAUAUUUUCUUCCUGUUUCCAUAUUUGUCCAUUAUUUGAUAAAACAGCAUCAAAGGGCAUUAAAUCUCAAUUUAACUGA